AGCCAGUAGUUCUCACACCGGCGCGAGGCUCGCACGCCCCGCACGACCACGCGUUACAAUAAACAGUGAAAGUCGCACGCGCAGUUUACGCUACGAAUUCGUGAGCUCGACAUCUUCUAGUUAUUUUGUUUGCGCCAGUGCAACGGGGGAAAGGAGGUCGUUGCGCGUUCGCGACCCUAUCAGAUACGUCAUACAAGGAAAAUAACGCAUAUAAUCAAAAAUGUGAAAUGGUCGUCGUUUUAAACAACAUCCAUGUCAAUGGAAUCAGUGAAAUAAACGGUACUGUGGUAUUUUGCUACUGAGUGCGACAGUGACAGUGAGUGACCAUGAGCGGGAGUGAGCCAACGUUAACUGAAUCGCCGGUCCCUCUGGCGCUGGCGCGUCUGCAGGGCCGGCCGGGCCGCAUGCGGGUCCACCGCCCCAGUCUCCCACUCGCGAGCCUGCAGGAGGCGAUCGACGAAACCCCCCGACGCUGCAAUGAAGAGCUCCCCGCUCCCGACACGGACGACGAGGAAACCUUCGCCGAUCCCGUGGUCAGCAAGCCGUCUCCGUCCGCUUCCAACGGGCGAAGGGCGUCGGACGCCACGUUCGCCGAGCGAUACAGAAAGCUGACGGAGUUCGACGGGCCGCCGCCCGACAUGCCUCGGCGAGCCUCUCUGGCCGUACCCGUCGGAGCGGACGGCUUCGGACCUAGCGACAAAGGCCGCAGGCGCUCCUGGGCGGCUCGACUCCAGCUCGAGCGCAAAAAGAGACGAAAGUCCGGCGGCAACGACACCGACGAUGAAUGCGACCCGCCGGCGUAUAUACGUCAGAAGCGACCUUCUUGGUGGAAUGUUUUCAUGCCAGAUAACAUGCUGAAAAACAGGUCUAGGCGAGCCUCGCAGCAGCUGUCCCGGAGUGCCGAAAGCAUUGACCAGUCCUACAAAAGGUCGAAGAGCCGUUCCGUGGACCAUGGCUUCGCCGCCCCAUUCGACUUGGACACACUGCGCUCCAAAGUGGAAGGGAGGUUCGACGCUGUGCAUAGAGAUGAAGAUGAACAGAACAAAAGGCUACCUCCACCGACACCCAUCAAAACUAUGACAUACACAGUCCGAGACCGUGACACGCUGACGUCGUUGGCGGCACGCUUUGACACCACGCCCUCCGAGCUGACGAAGCUGAAUCGCCUCGCCACACAGUUCAUCUUCCCCGGGCAGACGCUGCUUGUGCCGGACAAGAGGAAAGAUGGCGAUAAGGACUCGGAUGGCCCGUCUGAGAGCGGCGAUAACACGUCGGAGUCUACGCAGGGUGCACCCAGUGAGCCGGCGCAGGAAAAAGAGAUCCUCGACAACCUGCGUCCCGUGUCCCCGGACGCGCCGACCAGCAGCAGCGCCCCGCAGAGGUUCCUCAAGAUCAACGUGCGACACAUCACAGAUGGACAGGGCGUUGUGUCCGGUGUUUUGCUAGUGACCCCAAACGCGGUCAUGUUCGACCCGAACGUGUCCGACACGCUUGUGAUGGAGCACGGGCCCGAGUCGUACGGCGUUAUCGCGCCCAUGGAGUACGUCGUCAACUCCGCCAUAUUCUACGACAUCGCGCACAUGCGGACACACGGCCCCGACCACAACGCGCACAAAGCCGAGCAAGCUGAAAUCUAUUACAUGAAUAAAUCUGAGCAUUCGCCCGGCAAGGAUUCCCUUCUAGUCAAAGACGAAACAUUCCCCGAGCUGCAGGCAGCGGGGGAAGCCCCCGGCGCGGAGGGAGCCGAAGACAGGCCUUCGUCCCUCGACACGGAGGAGCGGGGCGGCGCUGCGUUCCCUAAGGCCUUCGAUCGCGACCUGGUCACUCCUACCCCUAUCCACCAGCAAACAACAGAGGAGAGGCGGAAAUCUCUACUCGACCAUCACUGGGCGAUCCCGAGCAAGGAUAGAAUGUCUAUUGAUCAAGGAAGUGAGGUGUCCUCGAGCGCUGACCACGGCAAAGAAGAAAGUCUCGAAACAUCGGUCGCGGAGGGGUCGGUGGAGGAGCGCGCGGGUAGUGCGGAGGGCGAGGGGGACGCGGAGGGCGAGGCGGAGGGCGAGGAGCGCGGGGAGCGGGGCGACGCGGCACACCUGGUGAAACUCUCCUACCAUGACUCGGGGAUCGACAUCCGUGACCCGCUACUGCAUGUCACGCCUACCAACGCCAAAAAGGUAUACAGUGACGCGGACAUAGUGCUGUCAGCGGACUGGGUCCCUCCGGUGUGCUUGCCGCGCACCGAGCCGCCGCUCUCGGCGCCGCCGCUCGGCGAGAACGACCGGGUGACGCGCAAGCCCGCGGCCGUGUCAUUCUCACUCGAUGGCAACCAGAAGGAAGACCCUGGGAAACCUGAUAAGAAGAAUAAGAUGCUAAAACGCCUGUCCUACCCGCUGUCCUGGGUGGAGGGUUUGACCGGGGAAGGCGCUCCGACCACGCAGGCCGACUCGCUGCCCACCUCCGCCGAUAGCCACAACUCCACUUCCGUAUUCUCCAAAGUAUUUAACAGCUCACCAAUGAACUUAGUGGAGUUUGGUACUGGUUUGUUCCUGAGUAAAACGCCUUCAGAGGAGACGCCCCAUGAAGUCCUCUCUGGGCGGAGCUCCCUUGGCGGAUUCGGUCGUUCUCAACCCAAAGUAGCCGGUGCAGCGCAGCCCAGGCUCGACUAUCGCAGUAUGGUGUCAGUGGACGACAUGCCCGAUCUGUUCGCCUCUUUCGAUAAAUUAAUACCGCGUCCGGCGCGACCGAGUGACGACCCACCGCUGUACCUGCGGCUGCGUAUGGGCAAGCCGGCCGGCCGCCCGCUGCCGCGCUCCACGCCGCUGAUGUCCUACGGCCGCAAACGCAUGAAGCCCGAGUACUGGUUCGGCAUCCCUAGAAAUAGGGUGGACGAUCUGUUCAAGUUCCUGACGCACUGGGUGCCGGAGCGGUACGGGCCGCUGCGCGACGUGACCGCGCACGGCUACGAGCUCAUCGACAGCGACACCGAGUGGGACGACGACGACUCCAAACCCGGACAGAAGGAACGUUCCGGAAGCACAGGAGAUGUAUCAGAUAUCACAAGGGAGUCUUGGGAGCUGCUGAAGGCGCCGUACGUCAAGGUAUAUUCUAUAAUGAAGAGCCAGGCCGAAGCCCUGGGCGACUCCCUCGGCGAGGAACCGCAACCAGAGGUGCUGUCUAUGAGCGAUGAGCUGCGACGCGCGCUUUACUCGUCGGGCGCGUCCGUCGACAUGGAGUUCUCGCCGCCCGACCUCAUCGGCACCUCGGAAAUAUUCACCAUGGAACAUCGAGAGAAGCUAUGCACCGUGCUGCCGGCGCGCGCGCAGGGCUACAUGUGGUCGCUGGCCUUCAGCACGAGCCAGCACGGCUUCUCGCUCGCCUCCAUGUACCGCAAGAUGCAGCGCGUCGACAGCCCCGUGCUGCUCGUCAUACAGGACACUGACAACAAUGUGUUCGGAGCACUGACGUCGUGCGCGCUGCGGCCGUCGGAGCACUUCUACGGCACGGGCGAGUCGCUGCUGUUCUCGUUCCAGCGCGUGGAGGACGCGCGGCGCGGCUCGCAGGCGGCGACCGAAGACGCCAACCACAAGGACGAGAAGGAAGAGAAGAAAGACGAUAACGAAGAACAAGCAGUAGCGUUCAAGACCAAAUUCAAGUAUUGGGGCUGGACCGGAGACAACAUGUAUUUCAUACGAGGGAGCAAUGACAACAUCUCCAUCGGCGCUGGAGACGGCAAGUUCGGGCUGUGGCUGGACGGCGACCUGUACCUCGGCCGCACGCAGCGCUGCACCACGUACGGCAACGAGCCGCUCACCACGCGCGAGGACUUCAUCGUCAAGAUCAUGGAGUGCUGGACCUUCAUAUGAGCCGGCGGGGGCUUCGCACUACUGUCUUAUGAACGUUUGCUACGAAGAUUUGACACUUUCGAGCCACUAGUCACGCGCCGCACGAUACGUAGCAUACGUAGCUCGCCGCGUCGCUCGUCGCGUCGCUCGCCGCGUCGCUCGCCGCGUCGCUCGCCGCGUCGCUCGCCGCGUCGCUUGCUGCGUGGCUCGCGCGAGGCGAGUGCAUCAUACCUAGUCAAUUGUCGUUCGUAUGUAAGUUGAGUUCGUCGCGACGGAGGAAGUGGGGGCUGUCCGAUAACGAUUACGUGUCAAUUCAAUUUAUUACUGUGCGUCGUUGUUAAGAAAAAUUUAAAUAAUGAAUAAUAUAUUAUUAACGAAAUAAAAAAAAAACUAUUUGUAACUAUUUGAAAACGAUUAUUAUUAUUGUACGACGUUGCGUAGACGGUUUUUAACGAAACGUUUGUUUGUGUUUAGCGGCCGUAUAUUGGUGUUGCCCAGUUAUUGCUGUAAUGACUAUAUUUCGGGAGUUUUUUUUUUUUAGAUUAUAUGUCGCAUAAAUGGCCGCUCGGACGCUCGGAAUUUUUAUCGGGCACUUUGUCUAUCGGGAGUUUUUAACUUUGCGCCCGUGGUUUAUCUCAUCGAAUAGAUAUACUCAGAGGCGCAAUUAUCCGCCCACUUUAAUUGACUCGUGUGAUAUUAAAGUGGGCGAAUAAUUGUGCCUCUGAGUAUACAUGAAAAUGGCGGGUAGAUACACUCGGCCUCAGUUGUCGUGCCAUUCUUGCCGAGAGCGCGAGUGGCCUCGUACUAAUAUGCGCCAAACUUGUGGUCCGCUUUGAAGUUGGAACAAGCCAAACUGCAUAAAUAUUAUGGUCCGAGAGCUGGUCGACAUUUUUGGAUAGGUAUUUGAAGUAAAUUGGAAAUUUAUCUUCAAUACUUCAAAUAUGAAUUUCUCAACACAGAGUAAAUAUCAUACAGAGUGAGUCUAUAAAAGCAGCGAGGUGAAGACUCAUAAAAAAAAACUAACUCAUAAAAAAAAACUAACGUCACGCGUCUCCUUGACAUCCGCAUAUACAAACUUUUUUCAUAAUUUGUAUUUCAAAAUUUAAGACUACUUUACAACAAUUACUAUAUUAAUAAAUUAAUAUAUUUAUCAAUAAAAAAAUACUCUCUUAUUUCUUUAGUUUUUUGAACAGUUUUUAAAAUAUCUAAAAACAUGAGACGCCUUUUUCUUGAAGUUACUGAUGCGACGGUUCGUGUCGUACUGACUCAAGAAUAUAUUACUUCUUAAUUUCGUAUUUGAAGCGGCUACGACACUGUCGUGUUCCGUACGCUCCAUCUGUAUAUUAUUGAUUAAUCUGUGGCUAGUGCCAAAAAUUUCAAUCAACUGUCGAGCUAUGAUAACCCCACUGGGAUAUGUUUUUGUACAGUGCGAUACGCCUCGUGUUCAGAGCGGUCUUGAAGUUUGGCGCGGACUAUACUAUUAUAAUCACUAGUUGAUUACACCGUCAGUAUAAAUAUCGAUAUAAUAACACAUAAUUUAGUUUAGUUUUCGUAGAGCAUCGUAUUAAUUUGUCGCGUCUGUGUUUUAGUGUAUCUAAGUUAGUGAGCAUAAUUUAUGUUGAACUUUCACUGUGAUUUGAUUAUUGUGGUUGCAUUUUAAUUAUUAUGUCGAAGCGUAAUUAUUAUUAAUAAUAAUGACCAUUUUGUAUCUUUUAGUUGACCGAUUUGAUUAAAAUAAUUAUUAUAUUAUAUUAAUUAGUGAGAAAUGUAUAUUAGGAGGAUACAUUCUAUAAUUAUAUUACAGAAACUAUUCUGUUUUAUGAAUAUACCUAUACAGAGCAUGAAUAAAAAAAAAUACGAUGUAAACGCUUCAGUACAGAAAAUGAGUAGCCGAUACAAUAAAUUAUUAUUAUUAUUGAUUAGUGAAAAAAAAAAUUAUUGAAAAAAAAAAAGUAUAUAGUUAUCUUAGUGCUUGAUGAAUGUAAUCGUCAUUGUGCUUAGUAAUUGUGUCACUUAGCAAUGAUGUUACUCGGAUUUUAUCUGGUCAUAUAAUGUUAUUUAUUGUAGUAGGAGAGCCGAUGAGGAGAUUUUUGCAGUUACUCGAGCGCAGCAGAUAGACAUAAGGUACUAUACCUUGCACGUUGUUGAGUACCUCCACCAAGUAUGAGCCCUUAAUAUUGGUGGAUACGUUUAGGGCAAUAAAAAAAACUAACUUCAGAAAACUCAACCAGCACGUCAGAUUAAGAUAAUGUAGGAGUUGGUGGCUAAAAAUGGCACAUUUCGAAAAUCUGACGAUUUGAGCGUAACGUAAUGAAAUGGGAGGGUUUUAAUAUUACAAAAUUAAAACCCUUAUAUUUUAGUUCUCGAGUUAUAAGCGCGAUUAAUUUUUUACAUAUUUUGAAGGAAAUAACCUCCUAAUUAAUCGCUAAGUAAAAAAAUGCUUUUAAAGUCUGUAGUUUUAUUUUCACCGCUAAAAGCGAAAUAAGUAAAUAAUCAUUUUUUCUUCCUAUGAUUUAAUCUACCAAAUGUAAUCGGUCCCCGUGACGCUCAAGUAACUGCAAACUUAGCAUCCCGGGCUCCCCUACUAUUGAGUAUAUUUUAGUAUGUUAUUAUUGAUGUAACUAUGAUGAUUAUUGUUGUAACGAUUAGCCUGCACUGAUUGAGUAUUGUGAUGAUUGAAUGUGUGAAGAGUCCAGUGGCGAGCAUUACGUACGAGCUAAAAAGUUUGAGGAUUUUUUCAAAAUUGGCUUCUUUCUGUCUGCCUAGCUUACCCGUGUCGUAGGAUCGGUGCACGCCACUGUGCAUGUUAUACCUAUAAUAUCACCCUAUAAUAAUUUUAACUACUAAUAAUAACAGUGCAAUAUAUAAUCAUUUUAAUUUUUUUUUUAAUUAAAAUAUCUAAUCACCGAACUUGAUGUGUGCAAUAUAUCAAAUAGGAGUUCAGUAAUGAAGUUUUCAGGCCAGUCUACGUUUAAUGUAAACAAACAAACAAACUGCAGAUGAAAUAUAUAUUUUAUUAUUUCACUACAUAUAUUAAUGUACACAAAUUGUAGAUAUUUGGACUGAUCUAAAAUUGCCAUCAUUAUUCAAUAUCAAUCAAUAAUACAGUUUCAUAGGAAACUGUUCAGAGCGAACUUGAAGUUUGCCGCGGACUAUACUAAUCAAUCAAUAUCAUUUAUACUGUUUCAUAAGAAACUGUAUAAAGAAUAUAGAUAUCGUUUGUUGCAAUUUGGCAACUUAUAUUGACAUUGCUACUUGUAAUUAAUAUUAUAAUAUUAACUUUGUUAGUUGCGAAUGUUGAUACAGAGGCGAAAAUUCCCAUCUAGUCGUCUUUCGGUCAUGUUGUCGUGUUAAUUGAUUUUAGACUUUAUAUCAAUGUUUAUAGUGUCACUAUUAACAUUGAUAUAAAGUCUAAAAUCUGUAAUAAAGUAUGACUGUAGCAAAUGACUCAAUUGCGCUAAUCCGCGCUACAGACGUUCAUUUUUAACUGAACAGUCGAACUGUUCAGUUAAAUCGUUAGUGUGUAGUGUCCGUCAGUUUCAACUGUACAGUUAUUUCCGUCGGUUUUAACUGUACAGUUAGUUCCGUCAGUUUUAACUGUACAGUUAGUUCCGUCAGUUUUAACUGUAUAGUUAUUUCCAUCAGUUUUAACUGUACAGUUAUUUCCGUCAGUUUUAAUUGUACAGUUAUUUCCGUCAGUUUUAACUGUACAGUUAUUUCCGUCAGUUUUAACUGUACAAUGAUUUUAAUUUAAAUAUCAUUUAACUGAACAGUAAACUGAUGGCAAUUUGUGAUCUGUCCAUGAUAUAAUAUGUUUUGUGAACAAUUGAACACCACUGUGUACAAUAGUUUACUAAUGCAGUCUUGAAUCGAAAAAUAACCAUUUUACUGUUCUUUAGUAAAUAUUUCAUAAUAAAGAAAUUAUUUUAACCAAAAUAAUAUAAUAUAGCUACUUCAGUUAGCAUUCCUACAAAUAUAUGAUAGAACGAUAGAAAAUAUGAUAGGUCUUUAAAAAUAUUGCAGGGCAGUGUGAACAUAUAGUCCAUGUUUAAAUUAGGUAACAAAAAAUUGCCAAGUAAAUAAGGCUAAUAUUUUUAUGUUUUAAGCACCUGUUUUUUUUUUUGUUUAUAAAUCAAUCCAUCUUGAUAAAUAAAUGUAAAACGCUUUGUAUACUACACUGGAGAUUGCAUUAGUUGAUCUAAUAAGGAAGUCCAUUUGGUUGGUUACUACAGACUAAGUGCUAAUGUGUGUAUAAAUUAAAGGUUCGUUUCGUUAAGCAGGCUACACACGUGCAGCUUUAACUGUACAGUCAAAACUGAGAACUGUAAAAUUUAUUUCUAAUGAUUUUGAUUGAAAUUACGAUUAGAAUUUAGAUGAAACUGAAGGUCUGUAGCCCACAUAAAAGAACGUUACUUUAGUUUUACACACCAACACGCAACUAUUGCUGACAAAAUCGUUUGUCUGUACAACCUUACCAUUAAGUCUGCAUUCUGAAGCAAGCAAACAGAUUUCCAAGAUUAUACAAACAAAUAUACAUCGAAAGCCUUGACGGAAUGUAGCCUUAAAAAUGUUCAUGUUUUAAAUGUUUUUUUAUGAAAAACUAGCGGACUAACUAGCCUAUAUGUUAAUCCAAAGUAAAAUCUAUUUCCAUGCCAAAUUUUAGCCAAAUCGCUUCAGUAGCCGCAGCGUAAAAAGGAAAAAAACAUACACACACAAACUUUCGCCGUUACAAUAUUAUUGAUGAAUGACACAAAGAACAUAAUUAAAGCGGUUAUUCUCUAUCAAGGUAUGUAUUACAUUGCAAACUCCAAUGUUGAAUAUAAUGUACUUGGAGGCUGUCCUUUUGAGUUACUUGUUUAGUUAUUAAGGUGCCUAUGUGAAUAAUAUUACCUACCUAUACAGAUAAUGAGAUUAGCAUGAUAUAUUUUUGUGUAUAACUCCACAAAUUCGGUAGCAUUUUAAUAUUAUAAAAAAAAUAAUAUGAAAUAGUGAAGCGAGCCAAAUGGAAGUGAAGCUGUAACUAUUAGCAAAGUACCUAACUAUCACGAGUGUUUAUGUCCAUGUAAAAAUAAAAAUAAAAUAAAAUGCAGUGAAGACUAUUAACCUAAACGAGAAAUUUUAAUGGCUUGCAUUCCAUAGAUGCAAAAGUGCACUCCCUACCCUAACCUAGAAUUGCUAACUAACCUGUAAUUGGAGGGAAUUUUCCAUUUUGUACUACCUUACCCUAGUUGACAACCUUGUGCACGCACAUGCAUAAAACGAUUGUUAUCGCAAUUAAAUGUAUACAAAAACUCUUUCUUUAACCUACAACAGAUGCACGGUCUCCGUGGCGCAGUGGUGUGCGCGGUGGAUUUACAAGACGGAGGUCCUGGUUUCGAUCCCCGGCUGGGCCGAUUGAGGUUUUCUUAAUUGGUCCAGGUCUGGACCACCCUACCGACAAAGACGUACCGGCCAGCGAUUUAGCGUUCCGGUUCGAUGUCGUGUAGAUUUCAUCCUACUCCUAACAAGUUAGCUCGCUUCCAUUUAGGAUCACUUACCAUCAGAUGAGAUUGUAGAUAAGGGCUAACUUGUAGAAAUAUAAAAAAAUGGUCAUACUUUGUAAGGACCAAUUAAAAGUUUCGCGAAUCUGUAAAUUAAGAUUGGUACAAGUCUCCACUGCAUUGUUAUUGUUUUUCAUCGAAAAAUCGUAGGAAUGAGAAAUUAGUUUCGGGGAAUAUUAUCGGCAUAUUUAAAUGUUACAAAUAUUUAAUCACUAAUGACUUGUUAAGUAGCGGUGAGAUGUUUAAAUAUUUAUUUAUUCUGUUGUUUGCUAUUCUUCAAAUAAUUAUGCUGUAGCUGUAUUGCGUUCCGGUGAUCUAUUAUUAUGUAAUUUCUAAGUUGUUAAAAUGUAAAUCAAGCCAUAAUAACUGAGAAUAUAUUCUUUUGAUGAAAUAAAA